AUGAAAUGGUGCGAGCCUUGCGAUCGUUCUUUUCGCAGCCAGGAGGCCCUCGACCAGCACCUACGCGACUCACCGGCACAUACUGUGGCUUUCGAUUGUGAGCCCUGCAAUCGUUCGUUUAGCAGCCAAGACGCCCUCGACCAACACCUACGCGACGCACCAGCACAUACUGUGACUUUUGACUGUGAGCCCUGUAAUCGUUCGUUUGGCAGCCAAGAUGCCCUCGACCAACACCUACGCGACGCACCAGCACAUGCUGUGACUUUUGAUUGUGAGCCCUGCAAUCGUUCGUUUAGCAGCCAAGACGCCCUCGACCAGCACCUACGCGACGCACCAGCACAUGCUGUGACUUUUGAUUGUGAGCCCUGCAAUCGUUCGUUUGGUAGCCAAGACGCCCUCGACCAGCACCUACGCGAUUCACCAGCACAUACUGUGACUUUUGACUGUGAGCCCUGCAAUCGUUCGUUUGGUAGUCAAGACGCCCUCGACCAGCACCUACGCGAUUCACCAGCACAUACUGUGACUUUUGACUGUGAGCCCUGCAAUCGUUCGUUUGGUAGUCAAGACGCCCUCGACCAACACCUACGCGAUUCACCAGCACAUGCUCAGCUGUCCAGAACUCCUCUCGAUAUAUUUUUUCAGUCCUUUGAUGGGUUUGUAUAUGAUCCCGUAUUAGCACCAAGCGAAUCGUAUUCAUCUUUACAAAGAUAUUACGGUUGGCGUAGAGGCGAAAGGGAAUCUGAUCAAGCUUGGCAACGAUUUCAAGAAGCUCUCAGUCAAGAGUUCAAGCUCUGGUUCGGAACAGAGAACGACCUUGCCGCUUGGCAUUCACUUUGCCGCGCUGUGAGGAUUAAACCCAUACCAAGCACUUGUCUUGAUUGCGAAAAGGUAGAGCUCACCGUGAUAUAUCUACGAUACAAUAUUAACCUUACCUAA